AUUUUUGUUUCAUAUCAAGAAAUGGAUGAAAAGAGGCUGCUGGAUCCAGGGUUGAAGGUUCAUAAAGGCCUCUGGGAUUAUACUCCGAAGAACCAGCAGAUGGAAUGCCUGAGUGACUGAAGAAAAUGGGUGCUAAUGCAUCUAACUAUCCUCAUUCAUGUUCCCCGAGGGUAGGGGGAAAUUCACAGGCCCAACAGACUUUUAUAGGGACAUCAUCGUAUUCUCAGCAAGGCUAUGGUUGCGAAUCAAAAUUGUAUAGUCUUGACCAUGGCCAUGAGAAACCACAAGACAAAAAAAAGAGAACCUCUGGUCUCGCUACCCUCAAAAAGAAGUUUAUUAAGCGUCGAAAAUCCAAUAGGUCUGCUGAUCACGCCAAGCAGAUGCGAGAACUCCUCUCUGGGUGGGAUGUUAGAGAUGUCAAUGCAUUAGUGGAGGAAUACGAGGGAACUUCAGCCUUAAAGGAGCUUUCUCUACAAGCCAGCCUGGCUAGACCAGAAGCCCGGACACUGCAGAAAGAUAUGGCUGAUCUUUAUGAGUACAAGUAUUGUACAGAUGUAGACUUAAUAUUUCAAGAAACUUGUUUUCCUGUUCAUCGUGCAAUUUUGGCAGCAAGGUGUCCAUUUUUUAAAACACUGCUUUCUUCCUCACCUGAGUAUGGGGCAGAGAUAAUAAUGGACAUCAAUACAGCUGGUAUUGACAUGCCCAUGUUUUCUGCUUUGUUACACUACCUUUAUACGGGAGAGUUCGGAAUGGAGGACUCAAGGUUUCAAAAUGUCGAUAUUCUUGUUCAGCUUAGUGAAGAAUUUGGAACACCAAAUUCACUUGAUGUAGAUAUGCGUGGACUCUUUGAUUACAUGUGUUAUUAUGAUGUCGUCCUUAGUUUUUCUUCAGACUCUGAACUGGUUGAAGCUUUUGGUGGAAAUCAGAACUGUCUAGAUGAAGAGCUCAAAGCCCACAAGGCUAUCAUUUCUGCACGGUCCCCAUUUUUUCGAAAUUUGUUACAAAGGAGAAUACGGACUGGUGAAGAAAUAACAGACCGAACUUUAAGGACCCCCACAAGAAUUAUAUUAGAUGAGUCCAUUAUACCAAAAAAAUAUGCAAAAGUGAUAUUACACUGUAUGUAUACUGACAUAGUGGACCUCUCUGUUUUGCACUGUAGCCCCUCUGUGGGGAGUCUCAGUGAAGUUCAGGCUCUCGUUGCAGGGAAGCCAAACAUGACCAGGGCAGAAGAAGCCAUGGAACUUUACCACAUAGCGCUGUUCUUGGAAUUUAACAUGCUUGCACAAGGCUGUGAGGAUAUCAUUGCUGAGAGCAUCUCAUUAGAUACCCUAAUUGCCAUCCUCAAGUGGAGCUCUCAUCCAUAUGGCUCUAAAUGGGUGCACCGACAAGCUUUACAUUUCCUCUGUGAGGAAUUUUCCCAGGUCAUGACUUCGGAUGUUUUUUAUGAACUCAGCAAAGAUCAUCUGCUUACUGCUAUCCAGUCUGACUACCUACAGGCAAGUGAACAAGAUAUCCUUAAAUAUCUGGUCAAAUGGGGAGAGCACCAGUUGAUGAAAAGAAUAGCAGACAGAGAGCCAAACUUACUGAGUGGUACUGCCCAUAGUGUGAAUAAAAGAGGUGUGAAAAGACGAGACCUGGACAUGGAAGAGCUGAGAGAGAUCCUUUCUCCUCUCCUACCUUUCGUGCGAAUUGAACACAUCUUACCUAUACACAGCGAGGUCUUAAGUGACGCACUGAAAAGAGGCUUGAUUAGUACUCCUCCAUCAGAUAUGCUGCCUAUAGCUGAAGGUGGGAAGUCAAAUGCCUGGCUGCGGCAAAAAAAUGCUGGCAUAUAUGUCCGUCCUCGACUGUUCUCUCCCUACGUGGAGGAAGCAAAGUCAGUGCUAGACGAGAUGAUGGUGGAACAAACAGAUCUUGUGCGUUUGCGAAUGGUUAGAAUGUCCAAUGUGCCAGACACGCUUUACAUGGUCAAUAACGCUGUGCCUCAGUGCUGUCACAUGAUCAGCCACCAGCAGAUCAGCAGUAACCAGUCCAGCCCACCCUCUGUUGUUGCCAAUGAAAUUCCAGUUCCCCGUCUCCUCAUGAUGAAGGACAUGGUCAGGCGACUACAGGAGCUGCGACACACGGAGCAGGUGCAGAGGGCCUACGCACUGAACUGUGGGGAAGGUGCCACGGUCAGCUACGAAAUCCAGAUACGCGUUCUGAGAGAGUUUGGUCUUGCGGACGCUGCUGCAGAGCUCUUGCAGAAUCCUCACAAGUUCUUCCCUGAUGAACGUUUUGGGGAUGAAAGCCCACUCUUGACAAUGAGACAGCCCGGGAGAUGCCGUGUCAACAGUACCCCUACCGCAGAAACCAUGUUUACAGACCUGGACUCUUUCGUGGCCUUCCAUCCACCCCUGCCGCCUCCACCGCCUCCAUAUCAUCCCCCAGCUACCCCGAUCCAUAACCAACUGAAAGCAGGCUGGAAACAGAGACCUCCCAGUCAGCACCCUUCACGUUCAUUUUCUUACCCUUGUAACCAUUCGCUGUUUCACUCCAGAACAGCUCCUAAGGCUGGCCCUCCCCCAGUCUAUUUGCCAGGUGUUAAAGCGGCACCCCCCGAUUGUACCAACUCCACAGGACUAGGGAGACAGACGGUAGCAGCGGCGGCGGCGGCGGCAGCGGCUGCCUCGGCAGCAAUAGCAUCGGAGAAACAAGUGUGUACACAACCUGUGCUAAAUGAUCUGAUGCCGGAUAUCGCCAUGGGCGUGUCCACACUGUCACUCAAGGAAAGGAGGCUUCCAGAACUCGCUGUAGACACGGAAUUAAGCCAGUCGGUUUCUGAAGCUGGACCAGGGCCUCCCCAACAUCUAUCGUGCGUUCCACAGAGGCAUACACACACUUCUCGAAAAAAACACACGCUUGAGCAAAAGACAGAAGCUAGAGAAAAUCAGCAGGAAUAUCCAGAUUUCUAUGACUUCUCCAGUGCUGCUUGCAGGUCCUCUACUCCUGCUCCUAGCAGGCGCACCCCUUCCCCUUCACAAGGUGGAUACCUGGGUCCUGAUUUAUAUAGCCACAGUAAGACGUCACCAAGCGGCUUAAAGUCAGUUUACCUACCUAGCCAGACGUCACCUAAAAAACAGGAAGAAGCUAGGAGAGAAUAUCCACUUUCCCCUGAUGGGCAUCCGCACAGACAGAAGAAUGAGCCAACACACCUGGACGUCAUCGAGCAGCCUUCCCAGCGGCCAGACUUCCCUUUGGUAGCCCCAGAAAAUUCUGGUAGUGGUCCGGCCCAUGUCAGGGGACGAACCACAGUAGAAACCGAUUUAACUUUUGGGCUGACUCCUAAUAGACCAUCCCAUUCUGCAUGUACUUCUGAAGCUCCAGAAGAGAGGUCCAGUAGAAGACUGACAGACAGUGAGUCCAUGGGCCGGGGAGCUCAGAGGAAUACCGAUGUGGAGAGGGAGGAUUCGGUAAGCAGAGGAAGGAGGUCACCAAGCAAGCCAGACUUCCUCUACAAAAAGUCUGCCCUCUGAGAGCAACCUCCAUGUCUUCUGUGCCUGAGAUGUGAAGCAUCCCAUUUAACGAUGCAACCCAACAACUUACCAGUGUCUCGAUGCCAGCUGAUAACUCCGUUUCACGUUAUUUUAUUCUAGGUUGUGUGUGUGUGUGUAUAUAUAUGUGUGUGUUUAUUAGACAUGGCAUGCUAAGAGGGUUAUUUUGAAUGGUGUCUAUUUUGGUUAUUUGAAUUUGUCUAUUUUGUGUUUGAAUAAUUAUGUCGGGAAGCAUUUUUAAGAGCAAGCAGCUGGCACUUUUCUUUCUUUACAAAUGAAAUUUUUUUGCACUUGUACAUUUACUUUAUCUGUAUUAGUUUUAUAUCUGUAUGUUAGACUUUGUUGCCACAUUUAAAGAACUGUAUUUUCAUACUUUUUUGCAUUUUACCUUUCAUCUACCAAUUUCCAUGUGCAUCGGAUUGCACACUAAGAUGUAUUUUCUUAUGAAAUAGUUCUGUGUUUAUUUUUUAAUUAUAGAAAUUCCAAAGAACAGCACAUCAAAAUGCUCCUCUCUUUUCAGUAAUUGUUUUAGUUGAGAAAUCUUCCUGCUCAGUGUCCAUAAAUCUAAUGUCAUUCUUUUUUAAUAAGUCUUGGAAGCUGGUCUUCAUUCCUUCAGCGAGAGUCCAAUCAGAGUCCUGAAGCUUUCUGGUUCAGUAAAGGACAGGCAGGAGAGACGCUCUCUGGGCCCAGGCUGAAGCUGUUGCUUUAUUCGCAGUGUGCAUGCUGCCAGAAUCACUGCCAGUUCUGGUUUGGCAGAGCCAGAGAGCAUCACCAGAUGAGGUUGCGAAGAGACCUGAUUCCUUGGGCUUGUACAGCCAGGGGACAGUGAAGUGCCGCAAAGGGCUCCUGGCUCUGAGCACCGACUCUCCAGCUGAGGCGGGUGGAAUGACUGCUCGCUGCCUUCCGUCGUCGCGCUCUCUAUGGGAAACACAAAAGGGCUUCAGUCUUACGGAUGUUCUUGAUGUUUGUAAGCUUCUGUUUUCUUUUAAAUGUUUUUCAAAGUUUGUCUGAAUUUUGGUGUCUUAUAAAAAGUUGUUGUAUAAUGCAUAAUGCUUUGUCACCAAAAACAAACAAACAAACAAACAAACAAAAACACCACACUUUUCAGUAAACACUACAUGUCCUACUUGAACUCCAUUGGGGAUGCUGGUUUGGGUUUUACUGAACCACUGAGCACAUGGGAUCUUUUAAGGUCCUCUCCCUUGGAAGGGCAAAGUGUGAGCUAAGGACUGUUUUGUUUUGUUUUGUUUUGUCUAGUUUUGUUUUGUUUUGUUAUUCUCCAAUGUAAAUAUCUUAGUAUUUGAGUUUUUAAAUCACUUCAACAUUAUUUGAGCAUUCACUUUGUAUUUUUACAAACACAUACACAGCCGUAGCACUUAGAAGAAAAGAGAAUUCUUGAACAUCCCCUCCUGUGAAGGGUAUUUGGGAACCUCUUUUCUAUGUACGUAUGUGUAUAUAUAUAUAAGUAUAUAUAUAAGACUAUGAAUCACUCACAUUCACUCUAAAACUAUGCAGGGCUAGGGAGCCUUUACAAGCUACCAUAUAACGAAUCACAUGCACUUUGAAGUAAAUAGGUUUCUAUUGGGUGUCAACAACUCUGAUUUUUCCCAAAACUAUAGUUUCUCUUGCAGUCUUUUCCUAUUUUACCCUGUGGAUAUACACUCAGGAAUAAUCUGACAUUUUAAAAGUUCCUAACAGUAGAUAAUCUCAAACAUAGGGAGGAUGUCAGCGUCUCUGCAUAUACCAGCAGACUGCUGGCCUGCGGCCUGCCUAGUUCGCUGCUGCCCAUGCGUGUGUGCUCAGUGGUGUCGCAUACUGAGCUCUCAGUUAGCACUCACCUGCUGCCAUCAGCUACACCUCGCCUUUAAGGCUUCUUUUUUACAAAUGCAAAAGCAUAGGACUCUGUUCUCAUUUUUAAGAAGUUUAACACAAUAGAUGAUGGUGUCUGCAGCUCAGUCUCAGCUGUCUUUCUUCCAAAACAAAAGUUAAUUCCAUCAGAUUUCUUAAUAUGUAUUUACACACAUGUGUUGAUAGGAGUGGUUUUGAUACAGUUUUACAUUUCUGUUCUGAAUCAGACUGUACUAUGCUGGCAAUGCAGGUAAGAAUAGGUAGACCCAGUUUGGAUGAGUAAACCUAAUUUGGGGAAGGGGCCUUAAUCAUUUCUGGCCAGCUGUCCGUCCCCCCCACACACACACACAAAAAAUGUUAGACUAGGGCUAUUGAUCCCAUAUAUUGAUUUUUCUGAAAAUUCAUACUCUUUCAUCUCCCUCAGAUAUAAUUAUGAAAUUAAGUGGCCACUGUUCAUGGUCUUAUUUAGGUUUGCUUUUAAUAAUUUAGUAGCUUACCUGGCUAAAAUAUAUGAAUAGAAACUUCCUUUCAUCUGUGGGUUUGUGGAUCGAUGUGACUUGGAGAAGGUAGACACGGUUUUGUGUGUGUUAGGGUAGGUGUUACUGGACUUCUCACAUGUCUCGUGAUGUUUGGUUGAUAGGGUAGGCUGAGUAACUUUGUGCCUCUGGCUUUUGAACCCAUCUGUUAAAUCUUUCUUAAUGACGUACUAAGAUAAAUGUGAAGUCUAAGUAAGUUGCUCUCAGAAAAAAAUAGGUGUGUGUAUAAUAUAAAAUUUAGGCCACAGGAACUGGCGUUUUUCUUGGUGUAGAAAUGUAUUGAGAACCAAAACACAAUAAUACUGGAUUUCCUUUGGAGGCCAUGGACAAUCAGGCCGUUAGGACAAUCACCACUUCCGAUGCCUGCUGUGUUGAGGUUGGAGAAUUACCUUUAGAUACUGGAGUAGAAGACUCCAGUUUCUUAUGGAUGCUGUUGGUCACUUUCUUAAAUUAUUGUUAUAGAUUUUGAUGAAGAAGUUCAAAGUCACUUGUGUUUCUUAAGGCAGAAACCAGCAGCAUGAAGUAAAAAUGGUCCAAAACAUAGUUUGGAUUUUCUGUGUACAGUGCCCAUUUGCACAUGCCCCUUUAGUUUUGUUUCUGUCCCAAAACCCACGCUAGCCUGACACUUCAAUAAUUCGUUAGACUUUAAGGAUUUUUCAUGAGUUCCAUAUAUUUAAGUCUUUUUAUAGAACACUCUGUAUGAAACUUAACCUAAUUCUUGUUUUGGCCUCCUCAGAAAUCUCUGGGUUUUUUGACACUUGUCAUCCUUUAUUGGUUUUUCUUGUGAUGUGUAGUUUGGUCCCAGCAGUGGGCACACACAUGUACAUACGAGUGCAGAUGAUGGUGCAGAAUGUAAAGGAGACGGCCAGCGCGGCAGAGCCGGGCUCCAAGCCGACCUCCAUGCGCCAUGCUUAAGAGCUGUUGAGUUAACACUUCUCAGUAGCUACCUGCAGAAUAUGUGUUUUCCUAAUGUUGAGUUUGCCUUCUAGGUAGGGGAAAGUGCAUUUCAUAAAACACUUGUAAGAUACUUGUUUUGCAAUUAUGAGACAUUCAUGCUUUUUGUCUUAGGUCUGAAUUCAAAGGGAAAUGCUUCUUUGACUUUCUUUUACUGUUGGGUAGACCCUCAGCUUUCUCUUGUUACUAUACAUUUAGCAGCAGUGAUGGGUGCUAUUCCCAGGUCUGCAAUGGUUUACUUAGUCUGUUAAGCGAUUUACUUUCAAACCUCAUUACAGAUAAAUCUUACUAAAAGAGAUACCGUGCACACCGCUAAAAGGUAUUUUACUGGUUUCCAUUGACAUGGUUGUAUGAACAAUGUUUGAUGAAAUAUUCAGUUGUCUUUUUGCCCCAUAGAUUGCAGUAGCUGUCACGUAGUUGUUUGGUAAGUCCUUUGAUUUUAUUGUUUUCCUCUGGAAAACCCUCAGACUGUGUGUCAGUCCUCCAUAUGAUGAAUAUUAUAAUGCCGUGCCGUCUCUGUAAGAAGAUCACUUGCGAGUAUGUGUCUUGGAGAUAAUCUCGUGUGUUUGUGCAUUUAUAUGGGGUCUGUCUAAGAGAGCAGAUAAGCUCUUCACCAUCUAUACUCACACGUGACUGUGUGUCUGGAUUCCUGGGCAGGCGGUACAGAGUCCUGCUCUCGGGUGGGUGGCUGAAGGGUGCU